UAUCCAAAGUUUUAUUGUCCAGCUACUCCCGAAGCGCUCUGCCUUUGUAAUAUGUGAUAUGAACGCUGAACAUAAGAUAUGGAUGUGUGCAUGUGCAGUGGACUUUGGGGGCUUGUGCCUCCUAUCUGCCCCGCCCGAGAUCAACUGGAUCUUUGCGAGCAACGUAAGACGGGUUUUCAAGCCCAGUAAUAAAAGCUCCAUCUUUUACUUUCUCCUGUGCUCGGAACUUGAACAUAAACAUUCAAUCUGGCCGAUGCUGCGGUCCGCCCCGCCCCGCCCCGGAAACCGCUUUCGCUUGCAUAUGUGACAUUGAGAGCAGCUCGUUCCUGCCCGAACUCUGCCCUGUCGACGGCAAUCGAAUCAAGAUGAUCACGGAGACCGUAACCAUUAUCAAUAACUCUGGCAAGGUUAUUAGCACGGGAAAGCACCUCGUCAGCAUAUUUAAAGAGGCCAAGGCAGCGUACAAGGACAAGAAGGAGGCCCUGAAGGCCCAGCGGGCCCCUGUGCCCGGUAUUCAACGUGCCCAGACCUUUGACGUUGCUCGUGCCGCCCCCAGCCGGUACUACGACUAUGGCGACGGCGACUACGAAUAUGACGGCUACGAUCGAGCCUAUGAUUCCGGCCGGCGUCGCUCACACGACGGCGAACACUCCGUCACCUCGUCCCAUCGGAGCCACCGCUCCCGGCGGUCACACCGCCAUCGUUCUCGGUCGCGAUCUCGGACGGCCCUAACCGAGUCUAACCUCCGGACCCUCUCCGAAGUCUCGGCAACAACGCCGUCCGUAGCCCCACGGGCAUACCGGUCGCCAUAUGCCGAGACGGCUCCUCGGGAUAUGGCCCUAUCUCGGCCGACGCUUGUCCACGCCGCCACCAUGCCAAUCCCUUCACCGGCAGCAGGAUGCAGCUAUGCCCCCACCGUGACAGACACCGCAUCCCCCGUCUCCACACCCCGGCAGAGCAUGCUCGUCCACCGUCCCCGGUCUGGGACCCACCUCCGCUCGACUUCGAGAGAGAUAGACACCCACCUCGCCUACGGCAGCAUCCCACCAGACCUCGAGUCGCGCACCGACCUCGAGCUCUCCCGCCCCGGCCCACCAGACCUCACCACCGCCAUCCCGCGCGGCCUCGCCCCGGACCAGCUCUCCCCGGCAGCGCCACACCACGAGCAGGAAGCGCGCACGCUGAUGCAGCGCAUCGAGGGCUUCCUGGACGAGGCGCACUGCCUGCAGCACAGCGCGGGCGCCAUGAUCGCGCACCUGCAGGCCCGGCCCGAGGCCGCCGCCGCCGUGGCGCUGACGCUGGCCGAGCUCUCGGCCCUGCUGGGCAAGAUGAGCCCGGCCUUUCUCGGCGUCGUCAAGGGCGGCAGCCCGGCCGUCUUCGCGCUGCUCGCUAGCCCGCAGUUCCUCAUCGGCGCGGGAGUCGCCGUGGGCGUCACCGUCGUCAUGUUCGGCGGGUGGAAGAUCGUCAAGCGCAUCCAGCAGGCCAAGAAGGAGAUGGAGAACCCCGCCGCCUUCGAGAUGCAGCCGCAGGCGCACCCGUCCCCCGGCGACUUCGGGUUCGCCCAGGGAGCCGCGUUCGGCGGUGGUGGUGGUGGGGGUCCCGGGUUCGACGAGGCGCUUGUGAUCGAGGAGGAGCUCAGCACGAUCGAGAGCUGGGUGAGGGGCAUCGCGGCGGCGGGCGAGGACGGGCCCGCCGACUUGGAGCUGAUCAGCCCCGAGGCGGAGCGGGCGAUGCGCGAGCGCCACAGGGAGGGGAGGAGCGACGACAUCGCGCCCGACGACUCGGCUUCGGGCGUCGGGUCCCGGACGCGGACGCGGCCACGCAGCAGGUCGGAGAAGACGUCGCACCGGAGCCACCGGAGCCGGAGGGGUGAUGACGCCGAGGUCCCCGAGCGGAAGAGCAGCAAGGGGUUCAAGCGGCGGGAUGGCGAGGACGAGGACCGGGAUGGGGAUCGGGAAAGCGAGAGGAGUGGGAGGAGUGAGAGGAGCCACAGGAGCUCUCGAUCGAAGCGGACCGAUCGGACUGGGGUGAAGGCUAUUGAGGACGGCAGUAAGGACUCGCAGAACGGCCUCGAUGCGGUGCUGCGGAAGGAGAAGAAGCCCAAUAUGCUGAAGACUCUGUUUAAGAAGAAGAAGGACAAGGAAGAAAAGGAUAGGACUGAGAUAUCGGUUCUUGUCUGAUUGUCGUGCUAUUAUGGCGUUAUCUUGGGCUAAUUGUUUCUGGAUCUGGUGUUGAAAUUCAGGGGUUGAAUGUGAUACGAAGGACAUGAUUAGAAGAUGGAUACCACAACUCAAUUCAGUAUAUAUAUAACGUUCCUUAAACCAACAAAGAAA